AAUUUUGGUUGGUUGUGCAACAUUAAUUCUUGCACAAGAUCAAGAGGAAUACAUACCAUCUAUUUAUGGAAUGCAAAGUCUGACGGUGUACUCUGAUACGGAUACUAAAUUGAAUGCCAUCAAAACAUAUGUGGGACAACGUGGUUUCGAUUUCUUAAAAAUUACAAAAUCACGGCAAAUACCUAUCGAUGUUCUAGUCACUAAAGAACGUUUACAAGAAUUCAAGAAUACGCUACGUGCUAAUAAUAUAUCUUAUAAUAUUACUAUUGACGAUGUUAGUGAAAUUAUUCAUAAAAAUAAAGAACAAACGGAACAACAAAAUGGAAAGCGUGUGCGUCGUGCUCCCAGAAGUAGGAUUAACUUGGAAUCCUUUGCUACUUAUACGCAGAUCGUUUCAUAUGUUAACUUCCUGCAGAGUCGUUAUGGAGAAAUUGUAGAAGUAUUUAGUAUUGGAAAGAGCUACAUGAAUGUUGAUAUUAUCGCGUUAAAAAUUUCGUCUGGGACAGGCGAUAAACCCGCUUUGUUAAUUGAAGGUGGAAAUCAUGGUCGUGAGUGGAUUUCAGUUUCAUCUGCUCUUUAUAUAAUGCAGCAGCUUAUUGAGAAUCCCAGGAAUAGAGAAAUCUUUGAAAAUAUAGAUAUUUUUAUAAUUCCUUGUCUCAACCCUGAUGGCUAUAUGUAUUCACAUCAGUCGGAUAGUACAAGACUAUGGAGAAAGACAAGGUCUACAAAUAGAUUUUCGUUGUGCAGAGGAACUGAUGCUAAUCGAAAUUUCGAUAUUCAAUGGGGAUAUGGAGAGGCUUCAGUUGAUCCAUGUAGUGAAAUUUAUAUUGGUAGAGAAGCAUUCUCUGAAGCAGAAACCAAAGCUUUUAGAGAUUUUGUUCUACCUCUUCAAGAUAAAAUCACGACUUAUGUCAGUUUACACUCCUAUGCAGGUUUUAUUCUUUAUCCGUGGUCAUUUACAAAUAUAUCGCCACCAAAUUUACGCAGAUUGAAUUGUGUCGCUAGGAGAGUACGGACUGCUAUGGCUAGAGUAUCAGGAAUUACUUAUCCAAUUGGUAAUAGUCAUGACCUCCUGUAUCCGACUUCAGGAGAUAGUAUGGAUUGGGUAGCAGCUCAUACUAGAAUCAAUUUAUCAUUUACAAUUGAAAUAUCUGGAGGUGAUUACGGCUUUUUACCAGGAAUUCAGCACAUAAUUCCUACUGGCAACAAAAUUUUUGAAGCCAUUAAAGUUUUUGCACAGUCAGUCGAUGGCCGGAUAUGUAACAUAAAUUAAUUUUAAUUUUGAUUGUUAUAAGAUAUAGAAGCUAUAGAAAUUCCAAUCCUUUUUCAGACUUAUCCAUUUAAAUUAUUU